ACUUGUUCUGUCACCCAUUCACUACCCAACCUGUCUCCUUCUGUGCAUUGGUCACAUGGUCCCAGCCUUUCCAAAUGGGAUAAACACAAAUUACUGGCUCAUGAUAGCAUGGGAUAUAUACGAAUGUUGGUGCAUUACUUUUUGUAGGUAUAUCUACAAACAGUGUAUGAGAACAACCUGCAUAUAAACUCUGACUGUCACAGAUUAAAUGACUGCCUGAGGAUUAGAAAGUAUAGUUUUCCUUAAAUCUUGUCAUCCAUCUUUCCUCAGGCUCAGCCGUGUCCUGGUGGCUCGGCCUUGUGUUGGCCACUCUUCACCUCUGGUACCUCAGUCUGUAUCGUAUCCAGAGGACUCAGAACCUUUUCAUCAGGAGGCUGUAUGAAGGAGGAUUUUUAGAGCAGUCCCUGCUUCUAAACACUCGAUUCGACAUCCAGACGACUGCAAAACGGAAACAAUUCCAAUCACUAGACCCAGUGAAGGUGUUCUUAUGUGCAACUAUGUGGCAUGAAACCUACGAUGAGAUGAUGAAGAUCAUCAUUUCAAUAUUCCGACUGGAUGAAUACAGGCCGAAGACUGAAGGAGAAACAAAUGAUGUGAAUUUUGAAGCCCAUAUCUACUUCGACGAUGCCUUCAGAGAUGUUCCCGGUAGUCAGGGGCGCCACGUGAACACAUACGCAGAGAUGCUUGUGGGAAUUAUCAGAGAAGUCUACGGCAUCUUCUUAAACAUAGAUAAAAGCCUCUUCAAAAAUCAGCAGCAGAUCCCUGAUCAGAAGGUCAUCAGGACGCCGUACGGAGGGCGUCUGGCGGUCACCAUGCCUCAUGGAAACAGUUUGGUGGUCCACUUUAAGGACAAGCAACUCAUUCGUCACAAGAAGAGAUGGUCUCAGGUUAUGUACUUGUACUCUCUCCUGGGCUGGAAAGUUGGAGCCAAGUAUUAUAAAAGGUGGACGAAAGGAGAGGACGAGGUUGAGCUGAAAAAAGAGCUUCAGAAAGAGAAGCACAACACCUACCUCCUGGCUUUAGAUGGUGACACAGAUUUCCAGCCGGCUGCUGUGAUGCUGCUCAUUGAUCGUUUGAAACUGUACCCACGUGUUGGGGCAGCGUGUGGCAGGAUUCAUCCCACUGGAUCAGGUCCCAUGGUAUGGUACCAGAAGUUUGAAUAUGCAGUGGGCCACUGGCUCCACAAGGCAGCAGAGCAUGUGUUUGGCUGCGUGCUGUGCAGCCCUGGCUGCUUCAGUCUGUUCAGAGCAGCAGCGUUGAUGGACGACAAUGUGAUGAAGAAAUACACCAUCAAAUCCUCAGCGGCUCGACACUACAUCCAGUUUGACCAAGGUGAGGACCGCUGGCUGUGUACUCUGCUGCUGAAGCAGGGAUGGAGAGUGGAGUACAAUGCGGCCUCUGAUGCCUACACCAACGCCCCAGAGGAGUUCAAAGAAUUUUACAACCAGCGUCGGCGAUGGGGACCAUCCACCAUGGCCAACAUUGCGGACUUGCUGGGCUCUGCCAACCUGAUUUCCAAGAGGAACCCAUCCAUGUCCAAACCCUACAUGUUCUACCAGCUCUUCAACUUGGCGUCGUCUAUCCUGGCGCCUUCCACUGUCGUCCUUAUUAUUGCAGGUAGUUUGACUGUGCUGCUAGACGUUCACCCCAGUGGUGCUCUGAUCAUGGCAAUCAUACCUCCGGCUGUCUUCCUCGGCAUCAGCUUCAAGAUCAAGUCAGACACUCAGAUUCAAAUUGCAGCAGUCAUGAGCAUCCUGUACGCCUUCCUCAUGAUGAUAGCAGCGAUUGUCAUAAUAGGCAACAUGGUGCGGGACCAAACCAUCAUGAAUCCAAGCAGUCUCUUCAUCAUUGCCCUUGCCAGCUUUUACCUCUUUACUGCACUUUUGCAUCCUCAGGAGAUUGGCCUGGUGAUCUAUGGCUUGCUUUACAUUCUGUGCAUCCCCAGCGCCUACCUGCUGCUGGCUAUUUACUCCAUGGUUAACAUGAACAACGUGUCCUGGGGCACCAGGGAGACAGCUCCUGCUGCUGGAGCCGCCAAAUCUGCAGCCACCACUCCACAAACCAAAGCCCAAAAAGCCAAAAGCGCCUUUAUACGGUUUUUCUCACGGGCCAAAUGCUGUAGAAAGCUCUGCUGUAGAGGCAGUGAAGAUCAAGAACGCAUCCUCAGCCAGGAGAAUCUGAGCAUGGAGGCAAUGGAGCCUGAACCUCAACCCCAGAACACUAUUGUGGAUGAUGUGAGCAUGCCUGUGGAGGAACAGAGGCGAGAGGAGCCUGCAUUCACCUGCCCUAACCAAAAUUGGGUCGAACAACUGCAGAGUUUGUCUGCUGACAUGCGUCUACAUGAGGAUACCCUCAAUGAGGAGGAGGCUCAGUUCUUCAGAGAGCUGAUGGCCAGAUACCUGGAGCCUAUUCCUGAGAACAAAAAGAAACAGAAAGAAAUGGCUGAGAACCUCAAGGAGCUGAGAAACAAGAUUACCUUCGUCUACUUCAUUUGCAACGCCUUCUGGCUCAUAGCGACCUUCACUCUCCAGGUCAUAGAUGCGGCCAUCUUCAUCCAGGUGCCAGAACUCGACAUCAACCUGGAGUUCACCGGAGACUAUAUCUUCAUCGACCCUCUGGGCUUCAUGUUCAUCCUGGCCUUUGCCUUGCUGGUGGUAGUCCAGUUCUUGGCCAUGCUGUACCACAGAAUAAACACCCUGAUCCAUUAUGUGGCCUACCUGGAUACAGAGUCUCCGACUGAAAAACAAAUACAACAACAGCCACUCAUAGAGGUCAACGAUGAUGAAGACGAAAGCAGUGAUUACCCGAUCUUCCAAAGAAACCCUGACGGUGGAACUCUGGUGUAAACAAGGAAGAAUUAACCUGUUUUUAGCACUUUGGAACAAUAAGUACUGUAUCUAUGAUUUAAAAGAAGCUACAUGUAACUUAUUUAAAUUGUUUUCAUUGAGUUGAUUGAUAUUUUUAACAAUCCAGUGCCUCUCAUAAGAAUAAUGAUAAUGAUUCCACCAAAACUGUAGAACCAGAACGCCACAACCUCAGUUUGUGUGCAUCUUGUGUGUUUGUGUGUAAAUCACCAUGGCAACAUCAAGGUCGUACAUUAAAUGCUGCUAAUGACUGACAGCUAAGGCUCAUUAUUUUCAGUUUUUAAUUAACGAAACAUCUGGGUUGGUAUUUGAUUUGCAUAUAAAACAUAGAUGAAUAAAGAGAAAGUUGUUUUGAUAUAAAAGUUGAGAGAACAUUGGCCCCUUACAGAAAGAGUCAAAGACUGAAACUGAAAAAAAAAAUGAGCCUUACAGGUGACGCAGUGAAUCACUGUCACUUUAUAUGAAGGAUGUGACUGAUAUUUUACAUAUACAUAUAAAUAUCUUUUGCUGUGAUGAUUCUGCAUUGACACUUGAUUGUCAUUUCGAUGCAACAUGAAGAAUGAAAAAGGACCAACUUUCAGCCCACUCCCAACUCUUAAUUAAAUACAGGUGCUUUGUCAGUGGACAUCACUAUCAGACACCAAUGCACAUAGGCACUCUUUGCGGCAGUAUAAAACACACUGGCCAACUGGCAACGACCAUAGUAUACACAAUAAGAAAGUCUGGACUUUCACCCGGAACCCUAUUUGUUUGCUGCGUGAAACCAAAAGUCAGUGGAGUAAUUUUAAUAACAAUGUAGUGUGCUAGUAUGUGUAGCAUGCAGUGAUGUAUGUCGUGUGACGUUACACGAUGUAAGCAACAACUCUACAUAUUUAAUGCCAAGCUAUGUCUAUUUGCAAAUCUCACCAGUGCAGAGGAUCAAAAAGGAGAGGCCAGAAUUCCUUUUAUUGAGGACAGGCAGGUUACAAGCUUGAGGUAACCAACCAGCACUCUGCAUUAAGUGGGAAGUAAUCAGGUUGUUGGCACCUGGAGAGAAAACAGUGGAGGGCGAGAGAGAGAAAGAAAAACAGGGAGGAAGAAAACACAGCACAAAAAUGCCCUUUUCCCCUGUCUGGCAUGCAACAGUGUUUUUGUUGCCUAAAUUUAAGGAAAUAUACCAAAAAUUAAGUGUUUAACGUACGCUGUAAGUUUUUCCAAAAAAGACUCAGAACAGUACAUUGAUGCUGGUCAGUGAGAUGAACAGCAACAAAUAUUUAAAUUGUGCUUUGAUUUGUAACCAAUAAUGAU